UGUUGAUUAAUUGAGUGGAUAACGUGUGUUUGCAGUUUCAAAACUAGCAAGGGAGUAGGAUACUCUGCGCAUUUCGUAGGGAACUGCUUGGUCCUCACCUCCAUGAAAGUGAAGGGCAAGGGCUUCCAGCAUUGUGUCAAAUAUGAAUUUCAACCACGAAAGUGGUAUAUGAUCGCCGUAGUGUACAUAUAUAAUAGGUGGACGAAGAGCGAAAUUAAAUGUUUGGUCAACGGUCAAUUGGCUUCGAGUACCGAAAUGGCAUGGUUCGUUUCGACAAACGACCCGUUUGACAAAUGUUACAUCGGGGCUACACCGGAACUGGAUGAAGAGCGCGUGUUUUGCGGACAAAUGAGCGCUAUUUAUCUGUUCAGCGAAGCUCUGACGACGCAUCAGAUAUGCGCUAUGCAUAGACUGGGGCCUGGAUAUAAGAGUCAGUUUCGUUUUGACAACGAGUGUUACCUGAAUCUGCCUGACAAUCACAAAAGGGUGAGUGAUGAGCCGGAGCUCACGAGCAUGGUGGACCAAAGUAUGCAAACUGUGCUCUACGAUGGAAAGCUGUCGAAUGCGAUUGUGUUCAUGUACAACCCGGUAGCAACGGAUUCUCAACUUUGCUUGCAAAGCGCACCGAAAGGCAACGUCUCCUAUUUUGUACAUACACCACACGCCCUUAUGCUACAGGAUGUUAAAGCUGUCAUCACGCAUUCCAUUCAUAGCACGUUAAAUUCCAUUGGUGGCAUUCAAGUGUUGUUCCCUUUGUUCUCGCAACUAGAUAUGCCUUACGAUUGUAUAGCUCCCAACGAUGUUAAACGAGAUCCAACGUUAUGCUCGAAAUUGUUGGGGUUUAUUUGCGAUCUUGUCGAGAGUUCGCAAACGGUGCAGCAACACAUGGUGCAAAACCGUGGGUUCUUGGUGAUCAGUUACAUGCUGCAGAGAGCGAGCAGAGACCAUCUCACUACGGAAGUUCUCGCGUCCUUCUUGGAGCUGACGAAACAUCUGGUCACUUGUCUUAGCGCGAACAGCGAUUUGUUAUUGAAACAGGUAUCGAUUUAGUCAUUAGUUUGAUCCUUCGUACGGAUUUAGAGUUUAAAUUAACGUUUAAUUGAUAAUUAGCGUGUAAGUUAAUUUAGACGAGAGAUAGAAGUGGAGGUUGAAGUGGUAGAAGUUUCGACGGAGAAUUCGACUGGAAUUCUCGAGUCGAGUAGGUGUAGAUUCGAAGGAAGUAAGAACGGGACAGAU